AUGAAAUUUUUCCAAUCAGAUUAUACUUUCCAUUAUCCAUGGGAUCAAGUAACAGCAGCAAAUUGGCAAAAAUAUCCAAAUGAAUAUUCAACUCAUGUUAUAUCAGUAGAUAUAUUAGGUAGAUCAAUUAUAAAUAAUCAUAUCUUAAGAACUGAAAGAUUAAUUGGAUGUAAACAAUCAAUACCAAAAUGGUUAUCAUUUUUAGUUGGUGGACAAUCAAUAAGUUAUGUUAGAGAAGUAAGUGAAAUAGAUUUAAAUAAUAAAAGUUUAAUAAUGAAAUCAAUGAAUUUAACAAUGAAUCAUUUAUUAUUAGUUAAAGAAACUGUUAUUUAUAAACCAGAUUUACAAUUACCUGAUUUAAAUACAAAUUUUAAUCAAAUUGCUGAAAUUACUGCUUUUGCUGGUGUAUCUAAAUUAUGUGAUAAAUUAGAAGAUUGGUCUAUAGAAAGAUUUGGUCAAAAUGCUAAAAAUGGUAAAUUAGCUUUUGAAAAUGUUUUAAAUCAAUUAACUGAAAAAUGGGAUCAAACAGGUGUCUUUAAAAACUGA